AUGGCCUUAGCCCUCUUUAUCGUGUUUCUUGUUGUUUUCACGGAACUAAUUCCGUACAUCGGUUAUAAGGCUGUUGCUAGUUGGGCUUAUGGCAUAUACCUUAACCUAUUCAAAGCGGACGUUAUUCAUAAGCAGAGGCGACUAAAGAGGGAAAUUCUGCAUGUUAAACAUGAAUUGGCGCGGACUAGUUCACAGGAUCAAUUCGCCAAAUGGGCAAGACUAAGACGAAAACUUGACGGCAAAAUGAGUGACUUAGAUAAGAUCCGUAAAGCACUAGGAUACAUGAAAACCGGAUUUGAAUUAAAAUUCACAACUUUCUUGUGGCUAAGCAUGUUCAUAGUACCAACACUUCUUUUCAUAUAUUGUUGGUCUAUACCAGUUUUCUAUUUACCGAACGGUUGGUUCGGUCCAGCAACUAUGUUCUUUACGUUGCCAUUUGCACCAUCUGGGUCUGUCGGCGUUCUUGCCUGGUAUUUUGUUUGUCGUCAUGUCAUAAGAAAGAUCGUAACGACAAAGAGAAACACUAUAAUGCUCUAUAAUUAUUACAUUCCUGGAAAAAGUAAUGGCGGUUAG